AUGCGCGUGGCCACUGGCAGCUCGCCUCCGGGGGCCACCCUGCUACCGGCGCGUGUGCCACUGUCGGAGCCGUCGCGACCAAAAGAAUCACUCGAACUCUCAACAUCCGGUGGGUAUACACAUUCGAGCUUACGCUUUUUGCAGAGGGUGCAUUUGGGGACCUCCUCGUCGCACUGUGGAUGUAAUCAGAUUUCCGUGGUCCACAUAGAAUGGAGGCAAAGUCGCCUUAGCGGAGGGUUGCGCGAGGGCCCAGUGUACUCCUCUUUGAAGGCCCUCUUCUCCUCGGAUGCGAAACCCGACCGCGCCGACCCUUGUGAAUAUGACUUACUUUGA